CAACCAGUCCGACACAUCCAGCGCCCAAGUUUUCCAAAUCCUUACUUUUGGUGGCUAGUUCAAAAAAAAAUUUGGAUUUCUCUUCAAUGUGCAUAAAAGACGAUUAGUGUUUCGAAAGUUGAUUCAAUUGCCGGAGAGUGCCGAUGUAACCAUGGAACUUUUUGACAGCCAUCCCACCAACAUAACAGAGGCAACCAACCAGCCGGAAUUCUUUUCCAACUGGGCCAUCCAGUUUGACGGGCACCAGGCCAACGCCAGCGGCGCCGCCAAUGUCAGCGAGGAGGAAACUGCGGACGAUGACUUUUAUCGGCACUCGUCCAUCGUCACAACCGUGUACUGCCUUGCUUACUCGUCCGUAUUCCUAUUGGGUCUCGUUGGAAACUGUCUCGUGGUGGCCGUCGUCUUCAGAGCACCUCGGAUGCGGACCGUGACAAACUACUUUAUCGUAAAUUUGGCCAUUGCUGACAUCCUGGUCGUCUUGUUUUGUCUACCGGCUACCCUACUAUCCAACAUCUUUGUUCCUUGGAUCCUGGGAGAGACGAUGUGCAAGUUGGUGGCUUACGUACAAGGAGUUUCCGUUGUGGCUUCAAUCGAUUCCCUCGUCGCAGUCUCGCUUGACAGGGUCUUGGCCAUCUGUUUUCCGAUGCGAUUUCAAAUCACGGGCCGUCGAGCCCGGCUCAUCAUCCUGCUCAUCUGGAUUGUAGCGUUGACAACGACGAUCCCGUGGCCAAUGUACUUUCAUUUAGUGAGCGCCUUUCCGACAAGUCCGGAAAUUCGUCUUUGUUUAGAAGAAUGGCCGAGUGAGAGAGACAAGGACCUCUAUUUCAUAUUGGCGAAUGUCGUCUUCUGCUACUUGCUGCCGCUCAUUCUCAUCUUGCUCUGCUACGUCAUGAUAUGGAUCCGAGUCUGGAGACGGGCCAUCCCCACCGAAAGCAAAGAUGCACACAUCGAUCGAUUACAGCAACGAUCCAAGGUGAAAGUGGUGAAAAUGCUGGUAGUGGUGGUAAUCAUAUUUAUGCUCUCGUGGCUGCCACUCUACGCCAUUUUCAUCCGAAUCAAGUUGGGCAAUGAGCAACUGGAAUCGUGGGAAGACGUUCUUCUGCCGUACGUGACACCCGUUGCCCAGUGGCUGGGCGCGUCCAAUUCGUGCAUCAAUCCAGUGCUUUAUGCAUAUUUUAAUCAAAAAUAUCGCCGCGGUUUCACGGCCAUCAUUCAAAGCAGAUCGUGCUGCGGCAUUAUCCGCACGACGGCCGCCGACUACGAGAAGCGUCAUGUUACGACCACCGAGGUCCAUCAGGGCGCCUCUUUCGAACGAUUAAGGAGGGACGCUCACGUGAGGAGAUCGACGCUGACUGAAAACAGAAACCGUCCCGUUGUUACGGCAACCGACAGCAGACCUGUAACGAGAAACAAUAGCAGGGCGGACGAAAGACGAGACGAUCAUCCCGACCAACAACAAACAACAAUGCUCAAUGCGGCAGUCGUUAGCACACAAGAUAGCAUUGAACUCAACGCCAUCCAUCGCAAGUGGAAGUCUGAAGUUUUGUGAAUACAUUGAUUUGUUGUUGACGGCGUGAAACUUUACCAACCAGAAGAAAAGCAAAUAUCAUUAAAUGAAAUGAAAAUAAUGAUCUUUGGCUUUAGGUUGGCUUUGUGAUCAAUCCCGUGUUAUAAUACUCUUCUGUCACUUCGUGUCAUACGCAAAUGAGCCUAUUCAACGUUUCUUUUUUUUUUUGGUAUCUCAUCGCGUGUACGUUACAGUUUGAAAUCGUGUCGUUUGCACUCGUUCAUUUAUUUUUUUUUAGUGUGUGUGUAUCUGAGAAAUGCAACAGCUGAAGUAUAAAAACCACUGAUUGUCAAUAACAUAAA